AAAGGAAAGGCGGGAGGCGGCUCCGCGCGCGGGGCCCCGGGAGCACUGCAGCCUCCGCCGUCCGCAGCGGUUUUCGUCCUUGGCCGCCGGUCUAACACGGGCGGCUGCGGAGGAGGAGGAGGAGGAGAAGAGGCGCGGAGCCAUUCAUUUCUCGCGGGCGGGCGGGUCGCUGCUUGCUUGGGAGACCGCGGGGCCCGCGGGCAGCCUGCGCUGGCCUCUUCCUCCGGGCAGGGAGCGGGACGCACGUGCUGCCCGGGCCUGCCGCCCGUAGCGGCGCCGGAAGCUGGGAAUCCUUACCCGGAGCGGAGCUCCCGGGCUGCCUUUGUAUGGAGCGGCCGGCCGGCCGAGGCCUGGCGGAGGCGGCCGGCGGCGCCGAGCGGUUCGGGGAAGCCAGACCCUGCCCCGCGCCCGGGGAGAGGAAAUUUCCACUCCCUCCGCUAUCUUGUGACUCGUCCACGCUGCCACCAGUCGGAGGAGUGCAAGUCCAUGAAGUGCUAUUUUCUCAGUCACCUGCUUCCAUUCUGGGUCAUGCCUCAGUAAAUACUCUGCUUUGGAGAUCAGACUCCAUCCUAUCUUGGGUGGCUGACUGUAGGGGAGAAGGUUUGAUCUUGCUUUUCUACCUAGUCUUUUAUGGUUUCCUGGCUGCACUCUUCUCAUUCACAAUGUGGGUUAUGCUUCAGACUCUGAACGAUGAGGUUCCAAAAUACCGUGACCAGAUUCCUAGUCCAGGACUUAUGGUUUUUCCAAAACCAGUGACUGCGUUGGAAUAUUCCUUCAGUGUGUCUGAUCCAGAGUCCUAUAAAGGAUACAUUGAAGACCUUAAGAAGUUUCUAAAGUCAUAUGAUUUAAAAGAACAGAAGAACCUCACAGCUUGUCCUGAUGGAAAACUUUCUGAGCAGAAGGGUCCAGUUUAUUUUGCAUGCCAGUUUCCUGUUGCCUUACUUGAAGCCUGCAGUGGUGUGGAUGAUCCUGAUUUUGGCUACUCCAGCGGAAACCCUUGUAUUCUUGUGAAAAUGAACAGAAUAAUUGGAUUAAAGCCUAAAGGAGUACCAAGGAUAGAAUGUAUUUCAAAGGAUGAACAAAGAGCUCUUCUAUCAACUUAUCCUCCGAAUGGAACUAUAGAUUUAAAAUACUUCCCAUAUUAUGGGAAAAAGCUUCAUGUGAGGUAUCUGCAGCCGUUAGUUGCUGUCCAGGCUGCCUUUGAUGCUGACAGCACCGAAAAAGAAGUGACAGUUGAGUGCAAGAUCGAUGGAUCACCCAACCUGAAAAACCAGGAUGACCGUGACAAGUUUUUAGGACGAGUUGUGUUCAAAAUCACAGUGCGUGCGUAGUGGGAGUCAGGAUUAUCUCCACAGAGUAAAUGUUGUGCUGUUUGUCUUCAUUUUGUAUCAGCUGGACCUGCCAUUCUAGAAUUCCAAGACCACCUUGGAGAGAGGUGGGGUGGUACAUGACACUGGGUGACACCACAGUGUGCUUCCCGGUCAUAGUGUUCAGGGUCCUCUGAAGUAACUGCCUGUUGCCUCUGCUGCCUUUUGAACCAGUGUCCAGUCGCCAGAUAGGGACCAUGAACACCUAAUUCUGAACACGCAGAAUGGGAGGGUCUUGUCCUAUUUUUAUGUGGUUUAAUUGCCAAGAAUCUAAAGCUUAAUGUGCUGUGCUAUGUAAAUAUUUUAUAGAUUCAACACUGGUUAACUGUCAUAUUUUGAUGCCAGCAAAGUUUUAGGGAUUAAAUGGUACCUGACCAACAUCAAGUGACUUGAUAGCUGCAAGAAUGUGGUGUGGGGAGAAGUUCUGUAUGUGAGGAGAAGAAAAGAAAAUAAAAGUGGAUUUGAAAGGUU